CCUUCUCUUGAAUCUAAUUCUAGCCCUUAGAGUCAUAGGAUGAAAUUCGCAAUCUCCUCCACAAAAUAUCCAGUUAAAUAUCUGAGGAUAUUUGGAAGACUGGACUUGGGUGAGGGGAGGUUAAUAGUAACCACCAAGACUAGGGAAAGUCAAGGAAACGAAGUGGGUAGAGUCUCUGGGAUGCAGGCGGGGAAGGUCAGAGUCCUGGCCUGAGGCACUGGGGACCUUCCUUCCUCCACACUCUCCGGACGAGCCUCGGGCGCCUGACCCCUCGGGCGGCACUGGCCGGUGCAGAGCGCCCUUAGUCACCCUUCAAGAUCCUUCCUGUUUCGGCUCCUCUCCCUACAUUUUUUAUUGCAAAAUUUCCCAGAAGGGGCCGUCGGCGCGUUGCCACUGCCCGCGGAGGCUGCACGGCGGUGAGGGCCGCUGCGGCGGAGGGGAAAGAAGCCGAGCCCUUCCCGGAGCCGGGGACGCAGACGCUCUGAAGCCCGCGUGGACCAUGGCCCCCGCGCCCGACCUGCUGCUGCUGCUGCUGCUGCUGCUGCCGCCGCUGCUCGUCUCCGCGGACGCGCCCGAGCCCUGCGCGGUGGACGACGACGACGUCCGCUGCGUCUGCAACUUCACCGCCCCGCAGCCCGACUGGUCCAGCGCCUUCCAGUGUAUGGCUGCCGUCGAGGUGGAGAUCCGUGGCGGCGGCCGCAGCCUGGAGCACUUUCUGAAGGCUGCCGACGUCGACACAAAGCACUACGCUGACAUGGUCAGGUCUCUGCGCCUGCGGCGGCUCACGGUGGGCGCCGCCCAGAUUCCUGCUCCGCUUCUGGGGGCCUUCCUGCGAGCGCUCGGGUACUCGCGGCUCAAACAGCUGGCGCUCGAGGACCUGGACGUAACUGGCACGAUGCCGCCGCCGCCCCUGGAGGCCAUUGGGCCUGCGCUCUCCACCCUCAGUCUCCGUAAUGUGUCCUGGGCAGCGGGAGGUGCCUGGCUCGCCCAGCUGCAGCAGUGGCUCAAGCCAGGCCUCCAGGUACUGGGCAUUGAGCAAGCACACUCGCUUGCCUUUCCCUGUGCAGAGCUCCGCAGCUUCCCUGCCCUCACCACCCUAGACCUGUCUGACAAUCCGGGACUGGGCGAGCGCGGGCUGGGCGCGGCUCUCUGUCCGCAGAAGUUCCCGGCCCUCCGGGAUCUAGCGCUUCGCAACGCUGGGAUGCAGACGCCGGAAGGCGUGUGCGUGGCGUUGGCGGCUGCGGGUGUGCAACCCCACAGCCUAGAUCUCAGCCACAACUCUCUGCGCGCCACCACCGCGGGCGCUCCCGGGUGCGUCUGGCCCAGUGCACUGAGGUCUCUCAACUUGUCGUUCGCUGGGCUGGAGAGGGUACCUAAAGGACUGCCGGCCAAGCUCACUGUGCUUGAUCUCAGCUGCAACAGGCUGCUCAGGGCGCCUCGGCCAGACGAGCUGCCCAAGGUGAGUAACCUGACACUGAACGGGAAUCCUUUUCUGGACCCUGGAGCCCCCAAGCCUCAAGAAGACCUGAUGAACUCCGGUGUGAACCCAGCCUGUGUGCGCUCCGCCCUGGCAGUGGGGAUGUCAGGAACUCUGGCGCUGCUUCAAGGGGCCAGGGGCUUGGCCUAAGAAGAAAGAAUUGGCUCGGACUGCCCUGGCUCCGGGGGAGCCUCUUCAGGACGUCUUAACCAACCACCUUCUGCCCCAUAUUCAUUAAAGUCUUAAACAAUAGUCCAUAUCAUUCACUCAA